UGAGGGAGCCGUUGUAUUGCAGGUCAGAGUGGUAUCAGGACUGAGUGGACUGAACGGGUUUCUACACUUCACACAGCGGAAGAGCCGGUAGAAGUGGCUGUAACUGACCUGCUGGUCUGACCGAGAUGUUAAAGGCUGAUCUGAGCUGCUGUUGGUGAUGAACAGCUUUCUGAAACACGCGGGCGACUCUGAGGGUCCGUGUGCUGCGGUGAAGCGCGUGUGCCGGAGGGGCUGCUGGGAGGACGGCGCUGUGGAGGUGGAGUCAGCAGAGGGCGCCAACGUACAAGUGUCAGUGAUUGUUCCUGUGUAUAAUGCUGCUGAGUGGCUGGAUGAGUGUCUACAGGCUGUUCUGGAUCAGGACUUUAAGGGUUCCAUGGAGCUCUCGGUUUAUGACGACUCCAGUACAGAUAACUCCAGAGAGAUUGUUGAGGGCUGGAGAGAAAAACUGGAAAAGAGAGGCGUUUCUGUGGUGAUAUCGGGCCAUAACUCUGACAAACCUAGAGGAGUUGGAUUUGCCAAAAACCAGGCCGUGUCUCAGAGCUCAGGAGAAUACCUGUGCUUCCAGGACGCGGAUGACGUCAUGAUGCCCCAGAGAGUCAGGCUGCAGUACGAGGCCGCCACCCUACACCCUACUGCUAUUGUUGGUUGUCAGGUGCGUCGUGUUCCAGAGGGUUCCACAGAGCGAUACACACGUUGGAUCAACUCCCUCAGUCCAGAACAGCUCUAUACACAGGUUUACACCUCACACGGUCCGACAGUCGUCAUGCCAACCUGGUUCUGCUCUCGGGACUGGUUCCUGAAAGUGGGCCAAUUUGAUGAAGGAGGGAAGGGGGUUCCAGAAGAUCUUCUUUUUUUCUAUCAGUCUCUCCGUCUGGGUGGUUCUGUGAUCAGAGUGGACGAGUGUUUGUUGGUCUAUCGUUACCACCAGAACGCUGCCACACACUCCGUACUGGAGGAAACCAUCUGGAUCCUGCGGGUGGACUUCCUGCAGGAGCGAGUGCUCAGCCAAUGGGAUUCCUUCACCAUAUGGAAUGCUGGGAAACAAGGACGGAAACUGUACCGCAGCUUAAAUCCAACCAAUCAGAAGAAGGUCAGAGCUUUCUGUGAUGUAGAUGAGAACAAGAUCAAGAAGGGCUUCUACACGUAUGAGGAGUCAAAGGAGCGACCGAAGCCUAAGAUUCCUAUACUGCACUUCAGAGAUGCAUCUCCUCCAUUUAUAGUGUGUGUUAAACUGGAUAUGACUGGUGGAGUGUUAGAGGAUAUUUUACUUUCUCUGAAGCUCACAGAGGGAAAGGACUAUUACCAUUUCAACUGAACCUGAGGGAUGGACAGAUCAGCAGAUGGAGAGAAGGAAUGAGAGAGCAUCUAAAGGAGUGGAGGAGAGGAGGGGUUUGGUCAUGGGAACUUUGUCGUCUCUUUCUCGGACAGUGUGUACUGAGAGUUUGAGAAAACUGCCAUAUCUGUUUAACAGCAAACCUCCAACACACACACACUCUGUUUUGUUUGCGCUCCUGCUGCAGUGUGUUGGCUGUUUGGUGUAAAUAUCUGACAUCAUGGUUCUUUUUAGGAAACUUUCAGAAAUUUCAAAUUUCACUUCAGUUAGAUUCAGUUUGAUUAUUUCUGUACGGUUCAAAAAUAUGUUCAUAAAUACAUUGAACACACAGUUGUAUGCAAAAGUGCAUUAAAGAAUGGCAGUUAAGGGGAACUGUGGAAGUCAAAGCUGGAUCUAUAAGGCCAUGAGAUCUCUCAUAUGCUCGUAUGCUGGCCAGAAAGGCAAAGCAAAACCCCCAUAUCACAGCAAAGGACCUUCAGUUAGGCUAAGCUGACACAGGAGUGGUGGUGCACUGCUGUACUGUGCAGCAUUCUGUGCACAUGAUCUGAAAGGAAGAGUCAUCAGUAGGAAACUUUUCCUGUGACCUCAUCACAAAAGUCAGCGUUUAAAGUAUGCAAAACAACAUCUACAUAAACCAGAGACAUUUUGGACUCGAGUGCUGCGAACUGAUGAAAUAAAAAUGUGGCACUUCGGCCACAAUCACCAAAGGUAUGUUUGGAGAAAAGAAGGACAGUAUUUGAUGAAAGGAACACCUUGCCCACUGUUUAGUACGAGGUGGAUCUAUUACGCUUUGGGGUUGUGUGGCAGCCACUGGGAUAUAGACAAUAAAAUGAAUAUACUGAACUCCUUUUUUUCAGAUGUUUAUCUUUGAAAAUAUUUUUAGAAUUACAUUUUAUUUUAACUGAAUUAGAAUUUAUUAUAUUUAUCUAUUCCAAAAUUCCACAAUUGAUUUACUUUAAUUGACUGCCUCAGAUCAAGCCAUUUGUACACCUCUAGAAGCUCCACAGAGUGAGUCUCAGCUUAUUGACUAAUGCGAGUUAAAGGCACACAAGCUUACAGUAGAUGGCCUCUUUCAGGUUCUGUAACACGUAUGCAAAACUGUAAGCAAAGGUCAUAUUUUGGACACACCUUACUAAGAGAACCAAA